AAAGAAGCUUCAUUACACAAAGAAAAACUUGUUGAUUAUUGUUGAUUUGCGAGAUGAGAAGCAAUAAUAUAAAGACAAAAGUUGGUCGUGGAAGACCUAAACGAUUACGAGAAGUUGAAAUUAGUGGAGAAAUAGAUGAGAAUCAGAAUCCAAAGAAAAAUAGAAUUGAAAUAUUGGAUGAAUCUGUUGAUAAGCUCAAAUUGUUUGAGGAGAGAUUCAAGGAAGCGAUUAAGACAGGCAUUGAUUUAUUCCAUGACCGUAUAUCGUUAUCAGCAAUUUCUCUCAAAGAGAGAUUAGCUUACAUGAUUAUAUUAAAGAAAAUAAUGACAACAAUUGAAUGGAAAUUUAAAAGGCUUGUAAGCACUAAACAACAAAUGGAAUGUUUAACUCGUAAAGCUAUAGAAUCACCAAAAGAACGGAAGAAUAUGUUGACAAUUAUGGAGAAGUUCGUAGAAUACAAACUCAAAAGUUUUCCAGGCAAGACAAGACAUUUUAAGGCUGAAAGCAUAGCAAAGCAUUAUCAAUGUGAAUUAAAGUGCUAUGGCGUUACUCAGGAAAUACUAUCUACAAAAAUUGAUGAACUUGUUAAAACGAUUGAAGUUACAGAAGGUCCUAUAUCAAGAAUUGAAAAGAACCCAAAGAAUAUCAUUAAGAUCUUAAAAGUUAAGAACAAUGUAUGUCGUCUAUGCGGAUCCAAGAAAAACUUAAUAUACAGCAUAAACCAGAGAAAGGAAAAUAUUCGUUUCAAGGAAGUUGUCGAGUAUUUCUGCAGAGUAAACAUUCGUGAUAAUGAUAAUCUACCUCAUCUGGUCUGUAAAGGAUGCAAGGACUAUAUUGAGAAUUUCUCUAAAUUUUCCGAACAAGUUAACAACUUUCAAAAUAAGCUGGAUUCAGAUACUGAAAAUUACGUGGUACCCAAAGAAUUUAUUAAGACAGAAACAGUUUAUCUCGAUUAUGAAGAAGACACAAAUUCAGGCAACAGAAGUACAGUUGAUUUUAUUGAUGGGUCAAGCCAUGAAUGUACAGAAUAUUCGGUAAAUGAAAUUGAAGUAGGUGUCAACUAUAUAUGCUGUAAUGAUAAUCUUGUAACGAUAAAUAGUCCCAGUUUAUGUGAAACACGAAAUGAAAUUCCAAUAAUUGAACCUGAUAUUAUUCAAAAUACUCCUGUGAAUGAAGCAGCACAAGAUAACGACGAUUAUGAAAUGAGUCACGUGAUUUCAUGUUCUGAAGUGUCUACAUCUACACCAAAAUCAACCAGCACUAAGCAAUGCAAAAUAGUUUUAGAACGAUUACCAAUAAAAUACGUACCGAGUGAUAGCGAGGAAAGUCAAGAGGAACUAGAAGAAGUUAACACAACAAACUCACCUCAUGUAAGAUCUGUAUCAAGCCUUGAAAUAGAUUUUCAAACAAUUCAGAGUGCCGUUUCGGACUUGAUAGAAUUGAAACUAGAAAUUCUGAAAGAUAAUUUGGCAGCAGACUCAAGUUACGAAUCAAGCUAUUAAGUUUUAAAUUUUUUUCAACUGCAUGGUUUGAAAUCAUGGCUGGUUUAUUAUGUAAAUUGUUAAAAAUAUGUUGAAUUUUUAAACAUUGCUCAAAAAUGCUAGGCAUGUUAAGGAUUUACUUAUGUUAAGGAUUUGUCGUUAUAAAGUUUAAGACAAAGAUCUAAAGAGGAUCAGAGAUUUGAA